GCUACACAUACUUUACAGCCAUUGGAUGUAGUUUGUUUCAAGCCUCUGGCUCAAAACUACACAAAGGAGCUUGAUAUCCGAAACCAGAAGACUCAAGGCAAAGCCCCAAUUAAAAAGAGCAACUUCUUCAACCUAUUCUGGAAGGCAUGGACUCAAACUUUCACCAAAACGUUGGUAUUGAAGUCCAUCUCUGCCACAGGUAUAUGGCCACAAAACAGUGACAUUAUACUCCACCGCUUCACAACUCAGAAGCCUACAACUCCAGAACCCCAAGCAAUUCAAAUAAGC